UUUUCAUAUUCCAUCUUCCGACACCGCUGCCUUGGUCACCCAGUUAGAAUACUAUGUCUCCCUUCUCUCAAUUUUAAUUCUUAGGAUUUCGUAUAAAGCUUUUGAUGAAUUUGGAGAAACGAUGUCAAGCAAUUCAGGAAAAAGAGCCCUUACAAAUGGUUCCGUUUAUGUUUGCAAUUUACCAGAGGGAACUGAUGAAACUAUGUUAGCCGAAUACUUCGGAACAAUUGGCUUGCUAAAGAAAGAUAAGCGAACUGGUCGACCUAAGAUAUGGUUGUACCGAGAUAAGGUAACAAAUGAGCCGAAAGGGGAUGCUACGGUUACUUAUGAGGAUCCAUAUGCUGCAUUGGCUGCUGUUGAGUGGUUCAACAACAAGGAUUUUCAUGGGAAUAUGAUUGGUGUUUUUAUAGCAGAGAGUAAGAGUAGUAAUGCUGUUGUAGAUCCCUCAACUGUGGUGGGUGAUGGUGGUGGAUUGGAGGAAGAUAUGGCUAAGGAUAUGAAUGGGGGUGGUGGAAGGGGUAGAGGUCGGGGUGAUGCUUCAGGGAAAACAUGGCAACAGGAGGGAGAUUGGCUCUGUCCAAAUACAAGUUGCUCCAAUGUCAAUUUUGCCUUCCGUGGUGUGUGCAACUGCUGCGGAACUGCUCGACCUGCUGGUGCAUCUGGUGGUGGUGGAGGGGCUGGUGGUCGUGGGAGGGGUCGUGCUGCCCCUGACUCUGGAAGUCAUGGUCGAGGAGCAGGUGCCACGGGUGCACUUUUUGGCCCAAAUGAUUGGCCUUGUCCUAUGUGUGGCAACAUCAACUGGGCUAAGCGCACAAAAUGUAAUAUAUGCAACACAAAUAAACCUGGUCACAAUGAGGGUGGUGUGAGAGGAGGACGUGGUGGUGGUUACAAGGAACUUGAUGAAGAAGAGAUAGAGGAAACGAGGCGACGUCGACGUGAGGCAGAAGAUGAUGGUGAGAUGUACGACGAGUUUGGAAAUCUCAAGAAAAAGUUCCGAGCAAAAACACAAGCUGAAACUGGACGACCUCUACCAGGCUCAGGCCGUGCUGGCUGGGAGUUUGAGGAACUAGGUGUGGCUGACAGGGAUGGAAGAGAAAAAAGCGGAGAUAGGGGACGGGAACGGGAUGAUAGAGAAAGUAACAAAAACAGAGAUCGUGAAGACAGGGAAAGACACUGUGGUCGAAGCAGAGAGAGGGACAGGAGCCGUGAUUAUGAUUACGACCGUGAUAGAGAUUAUGGGUGGGAUAGGGAACUAGAUAGAGAUCGAGACAGAAGUAGGUACUGUUACUGAGAAAAGGAAGAUUCAGAAUGUUGCACUGGUUGCUAAUUGUUCUUUGGGCAAUAAGAUGGCACAUAAUUGAAACUUUCUCGAGCUGAGGUGUUUUGUUUAGUGUAACUGAUAGCCGAGACUACUCUCUAGAGUUUCUUGUGUUUCUUUUCGGUACGAGGCCACGGCCUGAGAGUAUGGAAAGGUGUCCCAAUUUCCGGGAUUCGAUUUCCAGACCCCUCUUACGAUGGUUUGCAUAAACCAAUUGGGUUAAACUCUAGGUUCAGUUUGAUGUAUUUCUAGAUUUGCUUCUGUGGGUGUGCUAGCUGUUGUAGGUUUUUAUUUGCCUUUACGCAUUGUUCGUCUUCUAUUAGCUUUAAAAUAGAACUAUGGAAAUCUUGUAUUUAAAAAAGAUGGAGCAUUUUGAAGUUUCCACCUUUGCAUGCAUAAAGAUCCUGUUGGAU